GUGGUCGAUCAGUUCCGGUGUCGGCCAUUUUAUACGACGCUUGGUGUAUGUACUUUUAACUUGUACUAGCUUAUAGGAUUGCUUAUUCGGAAGAUAGCGAGACCCAGUCAACCGGCUUCCGACGAUGAUGAAGACGGAAGACAAUCAGGCACAGAACAAUGACGACAGAGACAGGAGCAGAGAACGCGACCGUAAUCGAAGGUCAGAUAGACCAAACCGCAUAAACUCAGCUAGCCGUGACCGCAGCAGAGAAAGAAACGAUCGCGUUGGCAGAAAGGCUUCCGAUCGGCGGAUUUAUGUGUCAAACAUUCCUUAUGAUUUUCGUUGGCAGGAUUUAAAAGAUCUAUUCAGGACUGAGGUUGGUAAGGUGGCACAUGUGGAGCUUUUCACAGAUGAGAACGAUAAGCCUAGAGGAUGUGGGAUAGUGGAGUUUGAAGAUUCAGACUCUGUCAAGAUAGCAGUGGAAAAGAUGCACCGAUAUGACAUCAAAGGGAGAAAGCUUGUUGUUAAAGAAGAUUUUGAUGUAGAGCGUGACAAAUAUGGUCGUUUAGCGACAGGCCGUAACAAUGAUAGAAAUCGGGACGAUAGAUUCAGAGAUCCUCCACGACCGCAAGGAGGUGGAAGACAAAAUAUGUCUGCACCUAGUGGCGCAGGAGGUGGUGGUGGUGGUGGAGGUGGUGGUGGUGGUGGCGGCGGCGGCGGCGGCGGUGGUGGUGGUGGCGGUGGAGGUGGCGGUGGUGACAAUAAAUUUGGAAACACCUAUGGUCUUAGUACACAAUUUUUGGAAUCUUUAGGUAUCAAUGGUCCUUUGGUCACUAGGGUCUUUGUUGCAAAUUUGGAUUAUAAAGUUGAUGAGAAGAAGCUACUUGAAGUUUUCAAAUUGGCUGGAAAAGUUUUACAUGUUGAAUUGGGAAAAGACAAGGAUGGUAAAUCCAGAGGUUUCGGAGUUGUGGAGUAUGAUCAUCCAGUGGAAUCAGUACAGGCCAUUUCGAUGCUUCAUAAUCAACAGUUGUACGAUAGACGCAUGACUGUUAGACUCGAUAGAGCUAACGAACCUGACAUGCCGCCUAAAUUACCAGAAGGUUUGAAAGGAAUUGGCAUGGGACUUGGAGCCGGUGGUAACAGAUUGUUGGAUGUCGCUAGAAAUAUUCCCAAUGUGCAAGCGAACAAUCCACCAGUGGUGAAUCCGAUUUCGGCGCCGGUUUUAGCAGCGGGUGCUUUUGGCGCUGGUCUAAACAACGUUGUACCCGCGCAAUUAGCAUCGGCAUUAUCGAACACGAAUGCAGCAGCCCUCCAAGCUAGUCUUGCUGGCGCUGGUUUAGGUGCCAAUCUCACCACUAGUUCACUGCUCAAUUCUUCACUGACGAAUGAGUUAGCAUCCAACUUGAAUAACUUUGGCGGCGGUGUCGGUGGUUUGAGCGGUCUGCAGGCUUCCUUGGCCGGACAAGGGAACAAUACAUUUACACCGCGCGGAUUAUCUAAAUUGGACAACGAUAUAGGAUUCGGUAGUAACAAUGCCUUUGGCGGUUCUAAUUUCGGUGGUGGCGGUAGAGAUUUUGACGGAGGGUUUAAUAGAGGAGACGGCGAUCGAGUAUCCGGUGGCGGCGGCGGUGGAUUUUCUGGGAAUCAAGGCCAAAGUGGUGGCGGCAACCGACAAAAUUCUAACGGUUCAAGACAGAUGUCCGAUACUAUACUUAUAGGCAACUUACCUCCAAACACGACGUGGCAGAUGUUGCGUGACAAAUUCCAGGACGCUGGAGAGGUAAAAUUUGCAGAAAUGAGAGGUGCCGAUAUGGGCAUGGUACGGUUCGCAUCUGAAUGGGAUGCCGAGCGUGCUGUGACUAUGAUGAAUCGAUCGCGUAUUGACGGCAGAACGAUUGAUGUACGUCUGUACUAAGAGCUGCAGGAUAGCCUCGAGGAAUUCAAGCGUGAGGAAGCUGGGUGUUUAUGUGUCGUCUGCAGGAUUCCACUCCUGAUGACAAUACUCGAAAUUCAUCCUAGUUGUCUGGCAGAACUUAGGACAAUGAGUGACAAAUAUCUGUCUUUGGAAGAUCACCAAGUCGUUAGCAAGUUUGUAUGAUGGCUACUCAACGUUGAAACAAUCGCUCGUGAAACACUCCGUGAAGCCCUCUCUUUCUCUUUAUUCCCUCUACACUUUUCAAUUCUGUAUUGUUUAUCGUUCCUUUUUACAGAAAGUCUACUAAUUGUUCACUUCUUAAAUCAGAUUUUUUUUUAGCGAUCGUGACUAUAGUUUACUUGUUUAGGCUUAGGUUUCACACGAUGAUCUUACUGUAAGUCAGUAGGCUCCUUUUCAGUGUGUAGGUUAUUCACUAUUUACAGGUUUUUUAACAGUAAUUAGCGAUUUUGUAGUCUGUAAGUCUUUAACUUCUUAAUUAUCAUGAUCAAGAGAUCGAUCGGUUCUCCAUCAUUCCGAUCUAUUGUGCAGUUGAGUCCAUUAAGGGAUAGAGAUUAAUCUUUCGUUCAUGAAAACACCUUUAACGUUGUAAAAUCAUUACUCGCUCGAAUUAGAUUUCCGGUUUGCGACUUUAUCGAGGUAUGCUCAUAAAAAAUCUUAUUUUAUGCUAUCGUGGACUGUAUGUGUUGGAUUCUCAUCGCAUCGUUUACACUUUCUUAUGCGUAAAAGAAAAGCACGUGUGUGGUGUUCGACAGGGGAAUAGCGCUUCGUCGCUAAGAUUUCUACGCGAUUGCAUCUUUUUUUUUACCAUAUUGUAACGUACAUUCUGUGUUGCAUCUUUAUAAAAAAAAAAGGGAAAAUGAUUUAAUGAGAUCUAGAUGAAACAUAUGAGACAUUUGUUAUUAUAGUCCACCGUUUUUAGGAAGAUCCCCUCUCAGUUCACUUCAAAUUCGCUUCGAGACCUCGGCGAACGUACGUCAGACGAUUUAGAUUCGGCUAAAUUCUGCGUUUUAUGCACCGUAAUAUGUUUACCAAAAAGUAAAUCGAGCCACUGACAUUGAACGAAGUCUCUUUUAAUCUUUCAACUCUCGCAGAAACGCGGAUGAGACCUGAAUUAAUUCUAGUACAUAAUGAACGAAUUGUGUUUGGUGUUUUCGAGAUAUUAUUUUUUGGUAAACAUAACUCUCCUCUCGCCAUGUAGAUCUCGAGGAACAUUUUGUGCAUUGUAUAACACUCUUGUAUAACCACCAAUCUCAUAACAGUGAUUGAAUAAAAUCCAAAUUCGUUUUGACUAUAAAACAUGUUGGUCGUUGUGUUUUUAUUUCUGUGCGGUUGUAUGAACUUUUUAUUAUCUUUUUUUUUAAGGGGCCACUCUCUUGGGUCGGUUUGAACGAAUCUUGUCAAGUGAGUUUAGUAUGCAACGCGUUUGUAAACUGGUAUGAUUGAUCUGAUACGAUAACUUUCCUGUUAUGGUUAAUCGUACCAAAAACUCGUUGCAUUUAAGCAGAUUCGAGUUCAUUCGGUUUAUUGUGUGAUACAUCUUAAAAUACAGAUCACUUCUCCGAUUAUCUUCCGUACAAUUGGGACGUCAGAAUAAUCUGCGCAGUGAGGAGGAAGGUGCUCGUUCGCGUUCGCAGGUGAGAUAUUUUUUUCAGAUGGUUUUCUUUCCCGAUUUUCUCCGAAGAUGGAUUCCUGAGAAAAGAGAUUAUUGAUGAUAUCUGGCCCCGAUUAGCACAAGUACUUGUUCCGUCCCCUUAAUAGCGAGAAUUUAAAAGCGACAUUCACAUAAGUAUAUCUGUGCGUUGUGUUGUACCAAGUGUAUUCUUCAUCUCCGAUAGUUUUUAGCGAUUAUCUUUACUGUCGAUGAGAUUGGGAUGUAUCGAUGGAUUUUUUUAAAGAAAAGUGACCGAGAAAGAUGAAUGAUUAACAGAGGGUGAUUUUCGUCGUCUUUAAUAUGAUGCAGUCGAUUCUAUGGAGCUGAUUCAAGGACGGGGAAAUCUUCCAUGCGCACUAAUUAUAUUUUGUAUCCAUUCCGAAUUACUCAUUUUGAUUAAUCUCUGAUUUAUAUCGUAUGCGAAACUUUACGUUUUUUUUAUUAAUGUACUUUUAUGGUAAGUGUUCGUCAAGAUGUUCCAUCUGUACGAUCAAUGAUAAAAAACGCGCAAAUUUUAGCGCAUUCUUAGCAAGUGAUCCUCCUUCCGUUUGACGCCUGAAUAAAUUCUUACAUGU